UGCGAGCUGGACGCUGAGUGUCCUUCUGCGCCCAAGUGUUUGUCCAGCUAGCCCGCGCGGCUGUCUGCCUUUCCUUCCUUCUCUUUCCGGACAGCUGCUGAAGGCAAUCUGGAGGUAGCAGGGGCUUGAGCCUCCUUGCUCGCUCGGCGGGUUCUGAGCAGGCUUGUCCACCAUCACUGACCAGCAUUUGCAACACGAACCGCUCCUGAGUUCCCGCACGAGGAGGAGCUAUUUCUGGGGUGUUCAGAUCUCUUGGAGGUGCCCGAGCGCCAGCCUGCUGGAAGCAAACUUGCAAGUCAUUUCCAGGAACAUCUGCUGCAGGUGGAGAAGUUCUUGUGACCAGCAGAGAUGCUGAGACAGAUACUAUCGGAUAUGUUCAUAGACCCUGACCUGCUGGCAGAGCUCAGCGAAGAGCAGAAACAGAUCUUGUUCUACAAGAUGAGAGAGGAACAGAUCCGACGAUGGAAAGAAAGAGAAGCGGCCAUGGAAAGAAAGGAGUCCCUGCCAGCGAAAUCCAGACCAAAGAAAGAGAAUGGCAAGUCUGUCCAUUGGAAGCUGGGCGCUGAUAAGAAGGUGUGGGUUUGGGUGAUGGGUGAGCACCAUCUCGACAAACCCUAUGACGUGCUGUGUGAUGAGAUCCUUGCUGAGAGAGCACGGCUGAGAGCAGCACAGGACUCGGAGCUCAGGAAAGCUCCAUCUGUGGAAUCCCCCAACAGCUUGAAAAUAAAGUCACAGCACUGUGAGCUGCAAGCACUAAAGAAACCAGAGCUUCAGAACGUCACCAGGAAAGCAGCUGCAGAGGAGGCAUCAGGGCAGGGACCCAGAACAAUGCCAACCAAGAGUGAAGACAGAGCCCAAACUAAAGAACUCAUAAAGAAAAAAGAAGAUGAAGAACUAAAACAAACAGAGGAUGAGAAAACCAAGCAGAUAUACAAGAGCUGGAAAGAAGAUUCGGAAUGGCAGGCAUCUUUGCGAAAAUCCAAGGCGGCUGAUGAGAAGAGACGCUCCUUAGCUAAGCAGGCACGGGAAGACUACAAGAGGUUAUCCCAAAGGGGACGGAGCGGCGAUGGGCGGCAGAGCCCUCUGACUGCGCCACAGAAGCCCAGAAGACCGCCCCUGCCCCCAAAGCCCCAGUUCUUACACCUGCCAGGAAACCCUCCGAAGUCUUUAGGGAAUCAGGGAGUGAUAAGGACAGAGUCCAGCUCCGCCCAGAAGGACAUCAUUCGAUGGUUCAAAGAGGAGCAGCUGCCAUUCCGUGCAGGCUACCAGAAAAACUCAGACACCAUUGCUCCCUGGUUCCAUGGGAUCCUCACACUAAAGAAAGCAAACGAACUUCUGAGCACAGGCGUGCCAGGCAGUUUUCUGAUCCGAGUCAGUGAGAAGAUCAAGGGCUAUGCCCUGUCCUACCUGUCUGAGGAAGGCUGCAAACAUUUCCUCAUAGAUGCGUCUGCGGACUCUUACAGCUUCCUGGGUGUGGACCAGCUGCAGCAUGCCACACUGGCAGAUCUGGUGGAAUAUCACAAGGAGGAGCCCAUAACCUCCCUGGGGAAGGAACUCCUGCUAUAUCCCUGUGGUCAACAGGACAAGCCACCCGACUACCUGGAGCUCUUUGAGUGAGAACUGUCAUCCAGAUCAACCUCCAGCCUCCAGCUGGACUCUCCUCUGGACAGACACCUCUGAGAUGGACAUUUGUGUGUGAUGCCAAAAUCACCAUCAGAGCCAACACUGAACAAUGUCUGUGGGUCUUAACUGAAACCUCUCCUCUGCAUAAAUGUUUGAGUUCAAUUCAAGGGGAUAUGACCUCUCCCUCAUCUUCAUUCUGAAAGGGAAAGGGGAAAGGUACCCAUGUCAUCAGCAACAUACUCAUAGGCUGUUACUAUGUUGAAGGAUAUGACCAUACUGAUGUAUAUAAGAUAAGAAAUAACAAGGGUAAACUGAAACCUUUUUAGCAAUUAAGGUGUUACUUUUUAAAAUGAGUGAAUUGUUGUGUGAUCUACACACUCCCUUUUUUUACUCACUCACAGGUCUCAGUCUUCUGUGCCGAUGAACUUUCAACUUGGCUUCAGAAUGCUAGAAAAAAAAUGUCCUCACUGAGGGCUGAGAUUAUUUUCAAAAGAUCACCCUUUCUGUGUGUGUUGGAGCCAGGAUAUAUGAGACAGAAAAAAAGCAAGAGCCAGGUGCAAAUUGAAAGAAGUUUUAACACUUGGGAUGAGAGACUUCCCAUGUACUAGAAGCCCACAUGGUGAGAGCAAGGAACCUAGGAAUCUUAGACUUUGUUUCCUCAUCCUGCUCUGCCUCACUCACCUCCAUCUGUGAGUAAAUACAUAAGAUGCUGUGCAUGGCCAUGUGAGGAUUGGUGUCUUUAUGAUUCAAACAGAAGAACAGAGUAAGUGGGUAGUUUGUAUACCAUCUGUUGAAGGUUGAAUAUGUAUUGUGUCCCAUGCCAAAAAUACAUGUGUCCUGACUUCCCUGUGCACAAGUGUGAACUGAUACGGAAAGAGGGUCUUUGCAGACAAGAUAAGUAAGGUGGGCCCUGAAUCUAAUGACUGACAUUCAUAACAGGGAGAAAGAUUUAGAAAUAGAGAAAUAGAAGGAUGAAGUCUAAGGGACCACAGAGAGUAAAGGGAUGCAGCUGGCAGUGUGGGGUGCCAGGAAUUGUGAAAGACAACAUGAUCCAGGGCCAGAUUCCCCCUGGAACUCUAGCAGAAAGCAUGGCCUUAUUCAUACUUGUUUGCACCUUUAUUUCAGCCUUCUCGCCUUUCGAAAUGAGAGGCAGUAAACAUCUAAGUCAUCAAUAUAUGGUAACUUUUACAUCAGUCUCAGAAAACUAAUGCAAUAGUUUAUGUCACCAUGUGUCCUGCACAAGUUUCAUAGAUUUGUUUCUUGCUACACAGUGUGUACCCUCAUGAUGAAAUAAAAGGAUAUAGGAAUAACACCCCAAGUAA